AUGGCAGAUGAUAUCUAUGUAGUUGAGGAAAUUCUUGAUAGAAAAUUAUUAAAUAAUGGUCAAAUAGAGUAUCUUUUAAAAUGGUUCGGUUAUGAUGAAGAAGAUGCAACGUGGGAACCAGAAGAAAAUAUUUUUUGUAAAGAUUUAAUUCGAAUAUAUGAGUCUAAUAGAAAAUUUAAUGAAAUUCAAGAAAAUAUAAAUGAAGAAUGUCGAAAAAUUCUCAGCGAAAUUUGUGACCAUAUUGAUGAAACAAUAAAUUCAACACGUCAACUAAUCAAUGUAAUUGAAGAAGAGCAAGAACCCCAAUGUAUGCCAUUGCCUACUGAUUUAUCUAUAAAUACUGUAACCGAUGAUUCUGAUAUUGUUGAUGAAAGUUUAAUUGGUGAUUCAUCAUUUUACAAUGAUUUUCAUAAUGAAGAAGAAAAUGGUAUAUCAACUGAUAAUGGAGAAUCUCAAUCGUUGAUUCACAGUCCUGAGUCAAAAUUUGAUUCUAAUCAUGAUCAUCAACGAACUAGUACUACAUCAUUGACCCGUAAAAAAAAAUUUCGGUCUACCCAUGUAAAUGAUAAUCGAACAAAUAAUGUCAAUCAAAACAAUACACAAGACAUUGAUAUAGAUAAUAGUACACUUGAUUACCUUGCACUUCAACCCGAACGUAUUGUAUCAAUAACACGGUCACGUACAUCAACCCAAGACCUUGAAUUUUUACUGCAAUGCACUCUUUAUCCAACGAAAUUAUUUUUUAUAUCAAAUGAAAAAGCAAAAGAACUAAUACCUGAUUUGUUAAUUGAAUUUUAUGAAAGACAUAUCAAUUGGUUUAUCGAUCGAUCAGUAUCAAGACAGACGGUACAAAGACAAAAAUAUUAA